CAGAGUAGAAGGACUGAAGGAUCCUCUGGGAAACUUUAAAUUUCCUCAGCUGCCUGAGGUGGUAGAGGCGCUGCCUUGCCUUUCUCACCAGAGUGUCUGUGUUUGUUGACCAUGUCAGAUCCUCGGUGAUGUGGACUCCCAGGUAUUUAUACCCGCUCACCCUCUCCACAGUAGUCCCGUUAAUCCCCAGUGGUGAGUACGUCCUCUGUUGUUGUGCCCUCCUAAAGUCCACAAUCAGCUCCUUAGUUUUGGUGACAUUCAUGAUGAGGCUGUUGUCCUGGCACCAGAGUGACAGAUCAGCAACUUCCUCCAGGUUCAUCUGGUCACAUGACAUCUAUUGAAGGAGGAGAUGGAGGUGAAGGAGCGCAUGCGCCUCCCUGUCGGACGCGCACACGCUUCGCCUGCUCCUGUCUCGCGCGGCCCCGUGGAUUCCAGUCGUCCACGCGCAGUUUCCUGGGAGGAGGAAGAGGAGCAGCGGAGGAAGAAGAAGAAGUUCCUGCUGCAGUUCAUCAAGAGAAGAAGAAGAAGAACUCCCUGUAGAAACUUUUUCCACUGUAAACUGCACGCGCGGCCACCGCCUGCGGCUCUAGUGCGCAUGCGCUCUCCACAGCUGUUUAGUUGUGAUCAUUGUGUUAUCGGAGCCGGCCGUGACGUCACCAGAGAGACGGGACCGGAGCGGAAGAGGCGCGAACUCGCCUGUGUGUGUGUGUGUGUGUGUGUGUGUGUGUGUGUGUGUGUGUGUGUGUGUGUGUGUGUGUGUGUGUGUGUGUGUGUGUGUGUGUGUGUGUGUGUGUGUGUGUGUGUGUGAUGUUAAGUGGUGGUAAAAAGAGGAUUGGCUUCCAAAUCACCAGCGUGACCUCCGACUUUAAUCAAACUCCAGCUGGCCAAUCGGCGCCCAGGGCGGUCCUGACCGUCCUCCAAUCAGCAGUCGCAUCCUGCAGAGCUCAAGGAAGCUCCUCCCAGCCAACCACGCCCUUUCUGAAGAGGAAACACGUCUCCCAUGAUGCCUUGGGGCAGGCUUUGGGGACUUCCUCCAGGUUCAGGGUGGUGAAGCUGGCGGUGGGCGGAGCCUGCAGCAGUGGGCGGGGCCAGCCAAUCAGCCGCGGGCGAUGGACAUGUACGGACGUAACGGAGCAGCAGGAGGGGGCGGGGUUCAGGUGGGUGAUGGACACCAUGAGACACGCCCACUCUUUGGAGUCCCUGGAGAUGAUUGGCCGGGACAGAGGCAGAGUCCACUCCCAUGACAACGCCCACCUUUUGGCUUGGCCAAUCAGAGGACAGGAGGGAGCAGGUCUUAUGCAGCGCAGUGGGCCACCUUCGCCAACACACCAAGAACCAAUGAACAUCCAGGUCCUGGACUGGAACAAGCCAAUGGGAGCUCAGGGUUCCGACUUGGCCCCUCCCACUCUUUUGACCCACCCACCAAGCGUUCCUCCCCCGCUCCGGUUGGACGUGGACUCUGCAGGACGGUCUGUCUUCAGGCUGUCUCACUUUCAGCCAAGCCCCCCCCCUGCUGGAUCGUACCAUCCCACUCGGACGCCUGUUCGGACUCCAGCAGCCUUCAGUCUGGACCAAACCAUCUUCAAACUGCCGGGGGACACCAGCAGUUCCAGUAGCAGUCCGAUCGCCAUCGACAACAAAAUUGAGGCGGCCAUGGACCUGGUUAAGACUCACCUGAUGCUGGCGGUCAGAGAGGGGGUGGAGCUUCUGCAGGAACAAAUCAGAGAGCUGCAUGAAAAGAACCAACAGCUGGAGCAAGAGAACCACAUCCUGAGAACCCUCACACACACUACACACACUACACACCACCCCUAACACACACUACACACCACCCCUAACACACACUACACACAACCCCUAACACACACUACACAACCC